AUGUCAGCAUCAUUCAGCCAAAGUGAAGACUAUAUUGUCGAAGUCAAAACUGAAGGAAAGGAAGAGAAACCUACAAAGUAUUUGGCAAUUAAAAACGACUCGAAACAAAAAGGUGGCUUAAAACCAGAAAGUAGUUCAGAACUAGAAGAUGACCAGGGAUUAUCAUACAGGAAACUUUCCAGGAUUCCUACCACAUUUAAAUUUACUGAUAAGCAACUAAAUAUGAAUAGAGAUGAAUAUGAAAACAUAUUUAGGUGGUUCGUCGCCGUGUCUGAUAAAUCAGCUAGUUCUUCGGAAUUUAGAUUAUUAGCAAUAUCUUGUGCCAAUAUUAAAGACGUGACAGAUUAUAUGGAAAAUUCUAGCAAAAUACAUCCGAUAGAAAUUCAUAAUCAUGGAUUUACUUUCGUUUUUACUAUCAAUAUUAAUAAUGAUAAUUAUUCAAUUAAUUAUAUUGAUGAUAAAAAAUUACCAAAUAAAUAUGGUGGAAUAGUUAAAUUAUUUUCUAAAAAGGAUUAUAUAACAGAUCAAAAAACUGGAAAAGAUGAACAAGAAACAGACAAAAGCAAUAAAAAUGCUGAUGAGCACUUACUUAUUCUCUUAACACUUUCAGGGAUUCAUAAGUAUCAUAUGAAGAAUAUAUCUAUUAAUUAUGUACAAAAGCUAAAAUACCCAAAAAGAAUAUACAAUGCCGUCAAAAAUACUUUAAAUCUACCUUUUGAAAUAUUUAGCAUCGAUCUAGUAUAUAAAAUUAUAUUAGUAUGUAUUAAGCAAUGUUUAAAUAAGCAUUAUUUUUUGGUCGAUACUAUGAAAGAAGACAUCAAAUAUAUAGAACUUUACAAUUUAAAGACAAACCAAUUGAUAAAUACUUUUCGAAGACCAAUUUAUUACAAAUCAGUUAUGAUUGAUAUUCCUAAUUGUUAUGCAGUAUCGAACAAUGGCAAAUUAUUAGCAUAUGAAUAUGAAUCUAAUAAAAUAAUCAAAAUAUAUUCAAUUGAAUGCAGUCUUGAAAUAGCAGAGCUUGUUAUUACAAAUUCGAAAUUCGUUAAUGUUACAUUUAUUGAUUUUUUUCACAAUGAUGAGAUGCUAUUUGUAUAUUCUUCAAAAAAUGAAUGGUCUAUCUGGAAUAUUUUCGGCUCAUUACGAGAAACUAUUAAAUUAGAAGAUCCAGGAUUUAAGAUAGAGCUUCCACCUAAUUCUGAUUUUCAACUGUUUUGGGAAAUAGAACGAUCAAAUUCAUUCAUGGUCGUUAAUAAGAGUGACAAACUGGCUAUUUAUGAUGAUUUGAUCGUAGACAAACAUUUGAAAUAUUUAAAGAAAAGUAAUAAACAAGAUUGGAGGAAACUAUCAAAAGAUUAUUUCUCGAGAAAAGAUCUUGAUAAAAAUAUCCGAGAUCUUCAUGAUAAAGAAUCAGAAUUAGAUGAAGAUAAUUAUAUGCUUGAACCUUGGUUACUUACCAGUGACUUAACAGCUCCACAAUAUUCGUUCUAUCUUGAUGAAAAAAAGGAAAAAAUACUUUUAAUUGGAUACCAUACAGUUCAAGUUUGGUACAAUCAAGGAACAAAAAAAGAUGCUAAAAAAAGGAUUCUUGAAUUAAUUUACACGCCUUUAUAUAGCCUAUCCUACUUUCAGUUGUCAAAUUUGUCUAAAUUACGUGAAUGGGAAUAUAAAACGAUAAAAGUAAAGGAUUUUAAGUAUUGCGUCGGAAAAUUCAAACUUAGCAUUCAAAUUGAAGAUGCCGAGGGUUCUCUUCAAACUAUAAAAAUUAAAAUGAAAAACAAAGAUGAUGUUAUAAGUUUAGCAAAAUAUGCAUGCCAUGCACUUAAGUAUUUAUCUGUUUAUAAAAAGUUUGAACAGAUAUAUGAUGAGAAUUUUAAACAAAAAUUAUAUAAUGUCAUUGAACAAACGCGAAACAUAAUAUUGAGGUUUAUUAGAUUGUAUCCAACUGCGUGGCGACUAUUAGAUAUUCGCUUUGAUUUAUUGAAUGUUCUUAUUGAAGUGGGAGAUUAUGAACUUGUAAAUGACAUUUUAUCUUUUGGGGAAUCGAUUCAUAUACCGCAAUAUUUUCCUUGGUCAGGUGGAAUGAAUACGAUUCGUACUGCUCUUUCGGAUCAUACAAUGCUAGCAUGCUUAUUGGAAUAUUAUUCUAAUAAAGCAAUUCAUAAUAUUGGAUGGAUGAAUACGGUUGCAGACAUUAUACCGGAAUUAUUUAAGAGUAAUGAAGAGAAGAAUGAAAAAGAAUCUUAUACAUAUUAUUAUGCUCAAAAAUUAUUUUAUAAUCCUUGCUUUUGUAACAAGCAUUUGGAUUUAUUAUCUUUUGAAUUUCUUGAAAUUAUUCCAACAUCAGAUGAUUUAUUAAAAGUUUUUAUACCAAUAACACAGUUGAUUCCACAAGAUUCUGAGUUGGAACUACAAGAGAUUGAUUAUAAUAAAAUUGUUGAUAUUCGAAUGGUACCUUUUGCAGAUUUUACAACAAGCAAAAGAAUAUCAGAUAUAAAAGAAAGAAAACUUACAAAGUUUCCAAAGGAAUUAAUUUCUCCUGCUCAAUAUUCGGCACUUAAAGAGGAGGAUUACAGUCCCUUUAUUAAACUCGUAAUAAAAGGUGAACGUGAUAUUUUAUAUGAAAAUCCAUCAAUGGGAGCUGCUAUAAAUUGGAUGUGGUAUUCUUCUAAAUUCUAUUGGCCUAGAACUUUAUACAUUCUUCUCGGUUUUCCCUCUUACAUUGGGUUAAAUGAAUCUUCAUCAACCUAUUAUCCAUUUUCAAAUAUUCUUAAUUCUAUAAUUGCAGUAUAUGAUUGGUCUUCAAUUUCAUUUGAUAGUUGGAGUUUUUGGCCACUUACUGUAAUUAGUAUAGUUGGCAGUUUUGUUUUUGUGAUGAUAUUACAAAAUGUAAUAAUUUCAUUUAUGAGUGAUGCUUUUUCAGAUGCAGUCAAAUAUAGUAAACAUGGUGUAUAUCGUUUUCAAAUUGACUUGAUUUAUGACUUUGCACUUCUUGAAAAAUCGUUAGAAUUUAAUAAUUUAGAUUUCAAGUUUAAGGAUAAAAUAAGAGUAAAGUAUAUCUGUUUUUAUGAUGAUCCAAAUAUUACAAAAUCUUGGAAAGAGACAUCAGAUAAAAUGAAAUCAAAACCAUAUCCUAAAACUGAAACCUUAAAGAAGAGUGGUUUUGAAUCUUGGUCAGUCCAAGAUUGUGAAUUUAUUUGGAGAAAAGAAAAAGAAUUUGUAGAUGAUAAAGGCAUUAAAUAUUGGUUCUUUGAAGGUUGA